AUAAUGUAGGUAGCUGCUCUUCAUUCUCCGCUCUUGACGCAGAACUAUUCAGCUUUAUAUCACCUACAAUACAGCUGCGUCUUCGCGUCGCGAAUCUCCCCGCCAGUACUGCCGAGAAUUGAACCGGACAAUGACGCAUGACUCGGACGUUGAAGACGGUGGUGCAGCAGGUGAACGCUCGCCAAUGCUGCGAAGCUCGUCUUAUGCUGCGAAACCUGACGGUGAUCAUUCCGCCUUCUGGACUAUCUUGCAUUUCUUUGGGGGUGGCAUUUACGCGCCUGACGCAGCUACCUACGAUCCCAUUGAAAUCCUGCUGAACACAGAGGACCCAAAAGAGAAGGAUGAGUUGACCAUCAAAUGGAGAGACAACAGGCUGAGCGAGCUGAGUUUUGUAGGCGUCGUGUCCGCCCUGCUGGCUGGAGUCCUGACCUCAACGGGAUCUUGGCCCCAGGUGCUGCCUAGUGGGCGCGAAUCACCAUGGCCUAUCAGGACAGCGUGGUACUGCGGCAUCAUUCUGUCGCUAUUCAGCAUCUUGACCGCAGCUGAUCAGACUGUACGACUCCACCGCCUGUCUGGUCACCGCGACGGUCUCGACGGCAUUCGUAGACUAUUGGCCAAGACAAAUGGCGAACGAAAACACUCGAAGAAGUCGGGUCGUCGAGCGCCUAGCUUGCUGCAGGUCUUUACAUGGCAGAUGCCGGUAAUGUUCUUGACAACCGCUACCUUGAGCAUGAUCAUUGGCAUGUUUUUGCACGUGUGGUCUGCGACACGAAAGCUUGAUAACACGGAGUGGUGGGACGACAACUCAAAGGUUGCCUUGACAUUCACGGUUGUGGCCCUCACCUCCAUUGUAUUAUUUUUCGCAGGCCAGGUAUCUCUUUACACGCCAGAACAACGCCGCGAGUAAGCUGUGGCGGUAUCAGCUUGCGCUGAGUGUGUUUACGUAUGGGGUCGUGCAAUCAAAGCAGCAGCGUGAUUCGAGUCUGACACUGGCGCUAUGAAUCGAGGCUGUUCUUCAGGCUAUCCUCACAACAUCAUACCUACUGCCAAUAAUACUAAACGACAUAAUUGCCGAACAUCCUGAAUGGGUCCACACGAACUAGACUUAGAGAACUGCUUCAAUCCUUACAACCUUCAAGUGUGCGCUUCAGCCUGUUACAUAGUUGCUCAGCUCCAGUGUUUAUAGGUCCAUUCUACUGAAUGUACGAAGGGACAGACAAGUGAUUUCGAAUCCGAUCAGCUCCAAACGUCUUUGCGAGGGUCAAUCAAAGCCGCCACGAAGCUCAGUUUAGUCCAGUCGCCAUCGCAUCUUGAAUCGUUGCUACCGUUGACC